UCCCCACCAACCUACCUUACCAACGUACGCAAGUAUACGGUAACAACGUGGUUAUGUGUAACGUUCGGUCGUCGCUUUUGCAUCUCGUUAGCGGCGUCGAAUUCUGUUGUUGGCUGUUAGAUCGACAUAUGAGGCUCGCGGUCGACGCGGUCGCGACGCGUUAGAAUGGCGCCUACCAUACAGACCAACAGCAAUCAAGCUGACAGGGACAAACGCGCGGUCAGGCCAGCGGACAAGCGAUCCGAGCUCAUAUGCAGAGUCAAGUAUUGCAACACUCUACCGGAUAUCCCGUUCGACCCGAAAUUCAUAACUUAUCCCUUCGAUCAGACUAGAUUUAUUCAGUAUAAUCCGACUUCGUUAGAACGCAAUUACAAGUACGAAGUGUUGACUGAGCAUGACCUAGGUGUAGAGAUUGAUUUGAUAAACAAGGACACGUACGCUGGCGACCCAAAUGCUCAGUUAGAUCCGGCCGAUGAGAAGCUGCUGGAGGAGGAUGUUCUCACACCUCAGGACUCUAAACGGUCCCGGCAUCACGCCAGGAGCGUUUCCUGGCUGCGACGCACGGAAUAUAUUUCCACGGAGAGUACCAGAUUCCAGCCGCAGACGGCGGACAAGGUUGAAGCCAAAGUCGGUUACAGUAUCAAGAAGAACUUCAAGGAGGAAACGCUGUACAUGGACCGCGAGAGUCAGAUAAAAGCUAUAGAAAAGACCUUCGAAGACAACAUAAAGCCAAUUGAAAGACACUACAGCAAGCCGAACGUAGUACCUGUAGAAAUAUUACCAGUAUAUCCAGACUUUAAGUUGUGGAAAUAUCCAUGCGCGCAAGUCAUAUUCGAUUCCGAUCCCGCGCCGACUGGUCGAUCUGUACCGGCGCAGAUUGAAGAGAUGUCGCAGGCUAUGAUACGAGGUGUGAUGGACGAGAGUGGUGAGCAAUUCGUAGCUUACUUUUUGCCGUUGGAAGAAACGUUGGAGAAGCGUCGUCGGGACUUUACUGCUGGUAUCGAUUACGCCGACGAGGAAGAAUACGAGUAUAAAAUGGCGAGAGAAUACAAUUGGAACGUGAAGAGUAAAGCUUCCAAAGGAUACGAGGAGAAUUAUUUCCUUGUGAUGAGACAAGACGGGGUUUACUACAAUGAACUGGAGACGCGCGUGCGGCUGAGCAAACGGCGCCAGAAGGUCGGACAGCAGCCAAACAACACGCGCCUGAUAGUGCGUCACCGACCGCUCAACGCCAACGAAUUCAGAAUGCAGAGAUAUCGAGAGAAACAAUUGGAACCGCCGGGAGAGGAAGACGAGGACGAAGAGGAAGAGGAGGAGGAGGAGCAGGAACAUCAACAGGAGGAGAAGGCAGACGGGAAAGAUGCAAUGACUGUUAAAGGUUCCGAGGCAGAGAACGAGGGGGAAUCGCGUCCCUCGUCGAGGGCGUCCUCGCUGGCGUCGCGAUCUCGUUCGCGGUCUCGUUCCAAGUCCGGCUCGAGAUCGAGGUCGAGGUCAAGGUCAAAAUCAAGAUCGAAAUCGAGGUCAAGAUCCAGGUCGAAAUCGAGAUCCCACUCACGUUCACGCUCGCGAUCACGCUCACCAACGAAAUCUCGAUCACCGUCUCGAUCGCGCUCGCGUUCUCAGUCGCGUUCGCCGUCCAAGUCGCAUAGUAAAUCGCGAUCACGGUCCGGCAGUCCUCCAUCGAGGAACACGUCGAGGUCUAGAUCGAAAUCGAGAUCGCGCUCGGGAACGCCUGCGAAGUCACCGUCGAGAUCUCGGUCGAGCUCGCGGUCCAAGUCCAGGUCGCGGUCGAGAUCGAGAUCCGGUACCGGUAGCGGUAGCGGUUCCGGUAGCGCGAGCGGCGAAAGCGGCUCCGAGAGCGAAUGAAUCGAGAAGAGUGAUCGAGAGUAUACUCAUUAAUAAAACAUCAUUGCUGUCUGAACCAUUAUUUCAACGAGUGCUGGUUUAUACCGUUGCUAUUAAAACAUAUUUCAGAUAGCAGUUGAUAUUCCCCACCGAAUAUCAGAAUAAUUGCGUACCGAGUGAACGAAAAAAGUAAUUUUGUGUUGGUAACCAUGUAUAGCGAGUAAUCAUUACAGGGUUGUACGAGUGCUCGGAUGCACGAUGAAAGAAAUAAUAAAUUUAUAUGAGGAAA